UGACAACCACUCGACAAGUGUCCUGCGCCAGCUUUGCAGUAACACUGGCUUGGACACCGUCUGAGACCUGCAGCAUACCUAAUUUACUCCCUUCAAUAAUGCCUUCUUCAUAACCCUUGCCCUUGGCGGUCUACUACGUAUCAUGUUCGCUGUUCCAGGUUGGGCAGUUGACUCAACCUCCCUCGUCCCAGAAAAUCCCGCCCCAGCCAGUGACGCCCACCUAUCUCCCACUGUUUUCACUUCAGUCUCCAAAAAGAGAAAGAACGCAUUCCCUGACCUUAUUCAGGCCUCCAAGGUCUCGGGGACUGAGCUCGAGAAACUAUGGAACCAACGCGCAGGGGCCAAACCUGUCACGGCAGAGCAGGGGCACGGACGUCAGGGACAUGGCCACCAACAAGGUGAACGAAACAAGGCUGGCGGAGACACCGUCUCAGCAACGGAGAAGAAGAGGCGCAGGAAAGAGAGCAAGGACAAGACACGGCCGACGUCCAAUGCCCAACAGCGGCCAGUGCAGGACGGUCAACCGCGAAAAGCUGAGCAUGUCGACCGAAGCAACAGCGAUGGCGACGCCGAAACGGCCUCUUCGAGACCCUUUCCACGCGAUAACAUCCCCAAAGCCCUCCCACCGGUGCCGCCACUGCCUGCGAAACUGACUCCUCUGCAAGCCAAAAUGCGCAGUAAACUCACAUCAGCCCGCUUCCGGCAUCUGAAUGAGACUCUGUAUACGACCUCCUCCUCAGCCGCAAUGGACCUAUUCACCAAUUCCCCGGACCUCUUCGCCGAAUACCACGCCGGCUUUUCGCAACAAGUGAAAGACUCAUGGCCAGUCAAUCCCGUGGACAGAUACAUUUCCGCAAUCAAAACUCGAGGUCAAAUACCCACGGCGUUUAACGAGUCAAUCAAGCAGCAGUCUACCAAAGACUCCAAGAUCUCCUUACAGAGUUCCCCGCUCCCUCGCCGCAGGGGGCUCUGCGCAAUCGCCGACCUGGGCUGCGGUGACGCUCCUCUCGCCCGUGGUUGCCAAUCGGCCAUCAAAGCCCUCAAACUAAAAUUUCACAACUUCGAUCUCCACACUGCCAAUACCUUGGUCACAAAAGCAGAUAUCUCCUCUCUGCCAUUGCGAGAUGGUGAGGUCGAUAUUGCAGUUUUCUGUCUCAGUCUGAUGGGCACGAAUUGGAUCAACUUUGUGGAAGAAGCGUGGCGAAUACUCAGGGGGGAUGGAAAAGGGGAGUGUUGGGUGAGUGAAGUCAAAUCCCGCUUUGGAAGGGCAAAAAGACAACCUGGGCAAAGUGUGGAGAAUAGCGUGGGUAAGAAGCGAAGAAAACAACAGCUCAAGAAGAAAGCCGGUGCCAAUGGUGCGGAAGAGAGCGAUGAUGAAGUUCGAGAAGAGCUUUUCGCGGAAGAUUCUACAACCACCGAGACAAUCGGAGAGGAGACAGACAUAUCUGCCUUUGUCCGUGUCCUUGCCCGCCGCGGCUUCCUCUUGCGCGAGGAAAGUGUGGAUAAAUCGAACAAGAUGUUCGUUAGCAUGGUGUUUGUCAAAUCCGGGGUGCCGACUGCUGGGAAAUACAAAGGGCUCAAGUGGAAUGGGAGGGAGUAUCAAAACGUAGAGGAGAUGAAGCAAAAGGGAAGAGGCCGAGCUGGUGCUGGCAGAGUUGGAGCAGGUCAUGAAGCGAAUGUUAUGGAGAUAACAGUUGAGGAAGAGGCCAAAGUUCUGAAACCCUGUGUCUACAAGACAAGGUGACAGAGCAUGGAUCAACGUAAAGAAUCGACCGUCCUCGAGAUGCAAAGUCCAGGAAAGAAGCUCGGGAGAAAUCUUGAGUUGAUUCAAGGCCUUUCCGCCUGGAAGAUACUUCUAUCUCUCGAGAUAUUCUUGAAACCGCAGGACGACACCAAGCCAUGGACGUGUUGUUGUCCUCAAGCCCUUCCCAAUAAGCAGCCCUUCCUUUGCGUCUGUCCGCUCUUGUCUGGCUUUCGCAUGGUGUAUAUUUUUGUUUCACCCACCACUCGAUCUUUGCUCUCUCAGCGGGCAGGCUUGUGACACACGUCGACCUUCUUGGACCCUUUUCCCUCUCACACGGCACGACACAUGACCCAGUCAGUCGGUCAGCCAGUCACUCCUUGGGCCAGAAUCGCAACAUGGCCUCCUGCACGUCGAGAGUGUGGUUGUACACCCGGUCCUCAACCCCCUGCCACAAGAGCUUGGUACAGCCAAAGUCCACCUCCCAGUCGUCGAAGACCCCGAGGUUGAGGUCGAGGCCGUUGCUGAUAUUUUCGGUAUCAGUGUUCUUGUCAAGGUCGACGGACACGCAGCCGCGGUUCCAGAUGCGCAGCAGCGCAAGCACCACCUCCGCGUCGCCGGCCACUUUGACGCUCGAGUUGGGCCGAGCACUCGACUUGGGCGCAUCGACGUUUGACUUUCUGCCAAACACGGCCGACGUGGUCUCUUGCCAGUUGGGGACCGCGGUCAGCGAAAGGUCGUUCGGCGUCGGGAACGUGGUGCAUUGGGAGGCGUGCUCCACGGCGUGGAGGUGGGAGAUGGUGGGUGUCACGUGGUGGUGCGCGUAGACGAUCAGAAUCCGGGACACGUCCUUCAAGGGGCGACUCCAGGUUUGGAUGUUGGCGUGUUUGGCGACGGCGGGAUCAGAGUUGCUGGCGUAGACAUGCGCACGUCCCGAUGCUGGACAUCAGAGUGUCAGGUUUUAUAUAGACAUAAUGAGAAGGAGACGGCGGAGGUCAUACUCUUUGCUGGCUCAGAGAGGUCGAACUUGAGAAUCCGGGAGCACACUGGUAUCACAUGCUCAUGAGGGUCAAUCUUUCCUUCUGCGCGG